AUGAUAUAUAGCAAAAAAUUAUUUAAGGUCUAUAUUGAAUUAGCUUUAAGCUCAUCUACUUUUGACUGUGAUAAGCUGGAAGCAACAAUAUAUAGCACUGAUGGCACUAAUGAUGCAUAUGACUCAGUAUCAAUAACUAGUUCAAGCUAUAUUGGAAGCUGGUUCUUUUUUGCUAUCACUCUUAACUCUGGCUCUAAAUUAUUGACUCUUUAUAGCCAAAACGGCAUUAAUCCACCUUCAUCACUUUUUCCGCUAAUUUCAUCAUCUGUUACUUACACUUAUGCGGCUUUACCAUUUAAUCAUAUUUAUAUGGACAUAUAUAUCGGUGGUUUUAACGAUACAAUUUCCCCUGGAGACUAUGCAGAUUUUCGGUUUUACCCUAAUAAUUUUAUAGAUACAACUUUAUUGAAUAUAAUAACAAUAUAUAUAGCGCAGCUACUUAUCUUGAUCCACACUGCUUAUUGUGGGCAUCAAUAUGGUACUGUGAUAUGUGCGAAAUUGGGUAUUUUCUUAAAAAUGGGAUCUGUCAAAGUAAUUAAUAAAUAG